CUGUCUCUUUCUCUCCGCGACAUAUCGGGCUCUGGAAUUAAUUCAGGAGCGUGUCAUGUUUGGAAUAUUGUUGGGGUCCACUGAAAAUUGCCUAAAAUGGACGGAACUAUUAAGGUAGGGUGAAGAACGGGGAUCACGGCUUCGGGAGGCACUGUCAGUGGUGAGCGAAGACCAGUCCUUAUUUGAGCCACCAUAUGCUGCUGCUGCUGCCCCCCUCCCCAAGCCAGACAUGACUGCAUCAGGCACUCAGGACUAUGGACAGCCCCACAAGAUCAACCCUUUACCGCCUCAGCAAGAGUGGAUUAACCAGUCUGUUCGAGUCAGCGUGAAGCGGGAAUAUGACCACAUCAAUGGAUCCAGCUCUGUCCCCCACUCCUGCCACAGGGAAUCCCCGAUCGACUGCAGCGUUGGGAAAUGCAAUAAGCUUGUGGCUGGGACGGAUACCUCUCAAAUGACCUAUGGGAGCUAUAUGGAUGAGAAGAACGGACCACCCCCAAACAUGACCACCAAUGAGAGGAGAGUGAUCGUCCCCGCAGACCCCUCCCUCUGGUCACAUGACCACGUAAGGCAGUGGCUGGAGUGGGCAAUCAAGGAGUAUGGCCUCCUGGAAAUUGACACAUCGCUCUUCCAGAACACUGAUGGCAAGGAGCUGUGCAAGAUGAGCAAGGAGGACUUCCUGCAGCUCACCACUGUCUACAACGCCGAGGUCCUGCUCUCCCACCUCAAUUACCUCAAAGAAAGCAGCUCGUCACUAUCGUACAGCACUCCAUCUCACACUGACCAGUCUCCACGCCUGGCUAAGGAAGACACCUCCUAUGAAGCUGCACGACAAACGGGAUGGUCGAAUAACAUGCACAGUGGAAAACGCUCGCCAGUGGUGACACAGAACAUGUCCAAGACGGCCGAGCAGCAGCAGCAACAGAGGCCACAGCCAGAUCCAUACCAGAUCCUGGGCCCCACCAGCAGCCGGCUAGCCAAUCCUGGCUCCGGUCAGAUUCAGCUGUGGCAGUUCCUCCUGGAGCUCCUGUCCAACAGCGCCAAUGCGGGCUGCAUCACCUGGGAGGGCACCAACGGCGAGUUCAAGAUGACAGACCCGGACGAGGUGGCACGGCGCUGGGGCGAGCGCAAGAGCAAGCCCAACAUGAACUACGACAAGCUGAGCCGUGCACUGCGCUAUUACUACGACAAGAACAUCAUGACCAAGGUGCAUGGCAAGCGCUACGCCUACAAGUUCGACUUCCAUGGCAUCGCCCAGGCACUGCAGCCCCACCCCACGGAGUCAUCCAUAUACAAGUACCCCUCGGACCUGGCCUACGUUCCAUCUUACCAUGCCAACCAGCAGAAGGUCAACUUUGUCUCGCCGCACCCCCCCUCCAUGCCCAUCACCUCCUCCAACUUCUUUGGACCCACUGCCCCCUACUGGAACUCACCCACUGGGGGUAUCUACCCCAACCCCAACGUGCCUCGUCACCCCAGCUCCCAUGUGCCGUCCCACCUGGGCAACUACUACUAAAAAACUGCCCCCGCCCCCGUUAUACCUGCCCACUCUCACCUGCACUCUCUAAGAACACAAAAGAGGUGGGGGGUUGGUGGGGGGUGGGGUGGAGUCCUCGCAAUUGAAACCCUCCCUAAAUUGGCAGAAUGAAAUCAAGGAUACUUGAUUUAAAGAAGAAUUUAUUUCUAAAAAGGAAAAAACAUGGAUUUCACAAUCCACUUAUAAAUGGAGUACUGCUUAGUCACAUGUAAAAUUACUUUUUUUAUAAUGUGUUUUUGUGCCUUACUCCCCUGAAAGCUGCAUCAUACUCAGGGGUGGGUGUCAGAAAUCCCCAUCCUCAAUAUUUGUACAUCCAUAUCCAAACAUACAUGGGCAUUAUGGAACCACAGAGACGUUUCAAUGUAAAGCUGUUCUAUGGCAGAAAUAGGCCCAGCUUUCCUUGGUCUCAAAGUAUCCUACUACCGAAUACCGCUCAAGCCUUCUGACUUACACCCUCCACGGUCUCUGGGGUCCAACUGCAGUUGUCGCGUCUGUCUCGUGUUGUGUUGUCAAGUCUGUCCGUCUUCUCAUGCCUGAAACUGCUGGGAUGCCCAAACAGAAAAGAACAAGAAUAAAUGAGGAUAUCUCAAAACCAGAGUGGAUCUGGCAACUGGAAAGACUUCUCCUCCAAACUGGAAGUUGGCAAAAGCCAGAGAUGGAGCACCAUUUCAUGUUUCAGGUUCUCCCCUACCAGCCCCUAACUCCCAACCCCCAACGCUCAACUGGGAAAGGAAGCCAGUUGGCAUGGAAAACCGCAAAGUCAGUGCCCCCCACCCCCCCUCCAGACCAGUCUGAAUAUGAAUACUCUGUAGUACCAUUGCACGCCCUCCCCUUCAACUGUGGUGGUGCUUCGGAACAUUCUGUGGUAGUUCCAUUUCAUGGUCAGUGGUCUGGUGGCUCUGGGCUGUUCCACUAACUCGGGUGUGUCCACAACUUCUGUCCAAUGGACACCCAGCCAUGGACCCAGGCCACUUCCUGUACAGCUCAGAGGGGUGGACACUUGCAGUGGUUUGUCAUGUUAAUUUGAUGCUCACAUUCCACUCCGUGUGCCUACACAGAGUUCAAGUCAUAUCCUAUUCUGACUAUUUUGAAAAGCUUUUACACCAGUGAAGAUUUUUUUCAAUGGCCAAACAUAUGCCGACAUACCUUAAAACAUUUGUUUUACAUAAAAGCAAAACAGAUGAGAUUAAAAAAACAGAAGUCCUCAGAUUCGCGAAUGCUGUGCGUUCGUUAGACCUAUUUUAGACCUUUUUGCUUGGUUUUUUACCUUGGUCAGC